AUGCACUCCAUAUCCGACUUGACAACGUUCUGUCGGAAGACGACCGGUGACGUCCCUCCGAAGCUUGUGGGCGCAUCUACCACAGUCGUAGGGUCGAAGAUGUAUCUUUUCGGUGGGCGCCUGGUCACAGAGCGCCGCAUGGUCUCGGAUCUAUAUGUGUUCGACUUGGAGACCUUUGUCUGGGAGAGGAUCACGCCGUCUCCAGAGGAUGAUAUCCCAGAAGCACGAUAUUUUCACUGCACAGAGACCUGGAAUAACCAACUGAUUGUUUUCGGUGGUAUGGGCAGCACCCCGAACUCCAGUAAUCCAGAAGAUCUUUGUGUACUCAAUGACGUCCGUUUCUUCGACUUGUCAAUAAUGCACUGGCUUCCCACAACAGCUACUAACGGUGCUUCUGCGGAGUCUGGCGCGGAGACGUUGGUUCCAAAGCCUCGAUAUGCGCAUCUAUCAUCUGUUUCAGCUGACCGUCUUUUCAUCAUCGGAGGCCAAGACCUAUCGAAUGUUUGGCUGGAUGACAUCUAUGUGUAUGAUUUAUUGGGUAGAGCUUGGGUUCAGCGCCGAAACUUUCCCCACCAUUGUGGUACCUAUCGUAGCGUAGCCGUUUCCGCAAACCAACGUGUCCGAUUACCGCAGGAGGAAAUCCACUCGACGGAUACGACUCCCAUACUGGGUCCCCCUGGGGCACGAUUCCGGCCCGAAAAGUCCCCGCCUUCAACGCAAGCAUUCACCUCGUCCGAUUCGUUUGUUCACAUGCCGUAUUCAGCCCCCCCAACUGACGACUUUCCGGAUGACAUCUACCUGUACAGCAACUAUAACUUCACAGACGUCAAGCGAGAGUUCGAGGUUUUUUCACCAUUGCCAGACACAGAUUUCACAAUCACGGAUCGUUCCGCAGAUAUGACAGGCACGUCAUUCCCCCCAGGACUCCGUUUUCCCUCAGGUGCUAUCCUGGGCACGCACUUCAUCAUUGCUGGCACGUACCUGGCGCAUACAUAUCAAUCUUAUUCUAUCUGGGCGUUAGACAUGUUGACCAUGACUUGGUCUCGUAUUGACUCGGGGAGCGCCAUGGCGACUGGCUCCUGGUUUCGUUCCUGUCUGUGGGCAGAAGCGAAUAAACUUAUGAUCUUCGGAAACCGGAAUGGCAACCUCAUCGAAGAUUAUAACCGCCGGCUUCUCAGUUGGGAUCACGUUGCUGUUAUAGAUUUGGAGUCGUUUGGAAUCUAUCAACCUCCACCUCUGCAAAUCGAUAUACCAAUGCAGGAGUUUGGAUUAUCAGCCCUAGAAGAGGGUGUUCUUGCUGACUUUGAAAUCAUCUGUGACGACGGGCGCAAAGUCAAAUGUUCGAGGAAGACUCUCGAGGAUCGUUGGCCCUGGUUCAAAGAUCAAAGGAACAAGUUCUUGGCGCGGGCUCGACAGGCAAUAGAGAUUUUGCCAUCAUCUCCCAUGGACGUUGGGCUUCCGGAUCUCCCUGGCGCACCAGGGUCCUCGGAAGCGCGUCCAGACCCACGUCUCACGCCACGUGCCUUUAACCUGUCUGAGCCUUAUCCUAUCACACUCGCGCUAUUGCAGUAUUUUUACUCAUUGGCACUCAUCACUCCCCUCCAACAUGCACCUGCGGUGUUGAGCCAAUUGCUGAUCCUCUCGAGUACUUAUCAAAUUCACCACCUUGAAUCCCUUGUGAAACAUGCAAUGCAUCGGGCUCUUUCGAAUUCGACUUCUGUCGGUGUGUACGAAGUUGCAACGCUGUGCAGCUGUCGGAGCCUUCAAAUUAGGGCACUCAAAACAGUUAUGUCUUAUAGCCAGAAGCGGACUGGUCGUUCCCGCGCUGACAGUAGAAACGGAGGCGGUGGUCGCAACCCCGACCCCAGUGACAGCGAUAACCCUGGUCGUUCGAGUGAUACUGUCCCGACAUCAAGUCACAGCCGUGGCGGUGGUGUUUCGGACGCAAAUUUAUCUAGCUCUCUCGAUCAGCAGAGUAGUACAGGCUCGACAACAAGAGGCUUCACAGCUAGUGAGUGCUGCUUUGGAGACCCUUUUCCCACUCAUGGUGGAUCAUCAUGUCAGAACUCGGCUGUCACCGCAACUCCCACAGUUUCUCAAAUAACACAGGCCUCACAUAAGAACACUCUUUCUGAAUGUACUGUAACGCCACGGAGACGAUCCAUGGCGCACCACCACAGAACGUUCAGCAUUAUUUCGGCACAUACGGACUUUGAGAUAUGCGCCGUAGCCGACCUCCUGUCACCUGCAGUAUCGCAUCCACGGAGCUACGCCGAAGAGCAAGAGCGCGUUGGGGUCGCAAUAGAUGAUGUCGAUGAUUUCCUUGAUCCCAGCAAUGGUGUUCACACUACCGGAAUGGCUCCUGUCAUGCCAUAUCUUCUUCUAGAGCACGAAGAACCUCUUUCGCCUUCCUUCGGAUCCCAUUCCAUGACCAGCUCAACCACUCAUUCAGAGUCAGAUUUCGAUAUCUCCUCAGACGAUUAUUCUGGCCCUUACACUCCAUCCAUCCCCUCCUCCCCUGCUUUCCACCUUCCACGUCGCACAAGGACGCGAUCACGCGCUAGCAAUGGGCACGUAAGCGCCAGUGACAGCGAUACACCCUCCUUGUCGUCUUCAACGACGUCUAUCAGCUCGAAUGGCAGUAUCUCGCAAUUAUACUCAACAUCGCCUCCUACCAGCCCUACCACCCUUAAAACUCCCAUUGAUCAUCCGGCUGUUGCUAACCAGCAGCUUACCAUUAUUGAGGAGCGAACAGCAGAAGACCGGGAUAUAACUGGUCGUCGCUAUUCUGACUCGGGCAGCAUCAUCUUUUCGCCUGAUUAUACAACACCGUCACUACGGAAACCAUUUAUCACACGAACUCCUGACACGCGACCGAAGGGUCGUGUAUUCAAUGUAGAACACCUGCGACUCAAUGUUCAACCCCCGGUCACCCACCAUUUUCCAUCCAUAUCACCUGCACCUUCUUCGACCUUUGAUAUUGGCUCACCCACGGGCAGCACCUUUUCCCCGGCAAGUGCCUAUACAUCGAUGACCAGCCCUCGCCCCACGAAGUCCUCUCUGAACCAUCUUAUGUCCCCGUCCUCUCUGAACCAUCUCAUGUCCCCGGGCCCGAGCAAUACUAAGGCACCGAGCGUGCUUGAAAGCGCAUGGUCAGCGUCUCCAACUGCGAGCGUCGUAACAUCCAAAACUGUUCGCAAGGAAGACAGCAAAGCAGAGAAGGCGCGGAAAUUGGAGGAAAAGAAGCGACAGAAGGCAGAGGCCAAAGCUGAGGCUAAGGCUAAAGUGGAGAGAUUGGCGGAGGAGUUGAAGGAGCGUCAACGACGUAAAGUUGCCUCAGUGGACAGGCAGUCAGUGCACACCCAUCGGUCAUUUGGCCGUGUUGCACGACGGCAUUGGGACGAUGACAUUCCUAUGUAUAACGGUUUGGGCGCCCUUUGA